AUGGAAAGAGUUAAGGGCCCUGAUGAUGAUCAGACUGAGCCAAGGGAUGCCUUCAACAUGGCAUACAUCAUUCAUUUUGUUCUUGGCGCAGGCAAUUUGCUUCCAUGGAAUGCUCUAAUUACUGCUGUUGAUUACUUCAGCUAUCUCUAUCCAGAUGAGCAUGUUUACAAGGUGUUUGCCAUAGCAUACAUGGGCUCUUCGCUGCUGGUUCUGGUCCUACUGUUGAGUUGGGGUGGCUGGAGCAAGAGGCAGGGCUUUAGAUUAAGGAUGAACUUGCGACUGUCAAUGUUUGUUCUCUCUCUCAUGAUGGCCCCAUUGCUGGACUGGACUUAUCAUGGCAGGAGGUCACAUGGAGCCUAUACUGUGACUGUUGCAGCAGUGGAACUCUGUGGUUUAGCUGAUGGGUUGAUAGGUGGAAGCUUGAUAGGAUCUACUGGGAAGCUGCCCGAAAGGUAUAUGCAAGCAGUUUUCGCAGGAACAGCUUCUUCAGUGCGCACCUCUACAGUAUAUGUUCCAAAGACAAUUGGGAAGACUACAUGGGCUUGCAUCUUGAGGAUUUUAUUCUAUCCUCUCUUUACCGCUUGCCUCCAUGGACCAAAGCAGUUGAGAACAGAAGUCCCAGUGAUAUUUCUGAUAGGCAUGCUAGGACUAUCCAAUGGGUAUCUGACAAGUGUUCUCAUGAUACUUGCUCCUAAAUCAGUACUAGUUGAAGAAGCAGUAACAGUUGGAGUUGUGAUGGCUUUGUUCUUGGUGAUUGGGUUAGUAAUAGGUUCAGUUCUGGGGUGGUUCUGGAUCAUUUGAAACUGAGUCCCCACAAA